ACUUGGCGUGACGUCAGGGAGGCAACAUGGCGACCACCGGCGCAGCGGCGAUGGAUGAAACUAUGCGAUAUGCCGAAUAUUCCCCUAAAACAAAUGUUAGGAAUGACGCAGAGAUAGACAGACGGUUGGGAGGGACUCUGAUCGCAGUCGGCCUUGGUGUUGCUGCUGCGGGUUUUGCAGGCCGUUAUGCUUUCCAGCUGUGGAAGCCCCUGGGGCAGGCUUUCUCUGAAACGGUCAAGAAGAUGCCCUCAGCAGGAUUCUCGUCUUAUUACAAAGGAGGUUUUGAGCAGAAGAUGUCGAGGCGAGAGGCAGGCCUCAUUCUGGGCGUCAGCCCAGCUGCCACAAAGACCAAAGUACGUGAGGCACAUCGGAGGAUCAUGGUCCUAAAUCAUCCAGAUAAAGGCGGCUCUCCAUAUCUCGCUGCAAAGAUCAACGAGGCUAAAGACUUGAUGGAAAAGGAGACUCGGCGAUGACGCUGUGGAUCAGCUCAUUAUUUCUGCUGCAUCAACAAUCACGUCAGCACCACCUGACAGGACAUCCUCUGAUUUUCAUAGAAAACAAACUAGAGGCUAUAAGUAAAGCAGAAGUAAAGACACUUCUUUUUUAUUUAUUGAAAUGAAGUGUUAAAAGGAAAUAAACGGGUUGGAGAAGAUGUAAUGUCGCCUUCUAGCGGUUGCUGACUAGAAUGCUGCUGCGCUAGUCUAUAUUUUUUGUUUAUAGCGUUUUAAUUUGAAUGUACAUAUAUUGGCAUGUAAAAUGUUUAAAGAUGUACUUAAAAAACACUGGAGUGAGAAAUGUGUGUACAACAAAGCUGAAUAUAUGGAGGUAGUAAAGAGUCUUCACUUAACACACUGGGUGUUUGAAUGAGCAACUUGCUUGAUAUGAGAUCAGAUUUUAACAAAAUGUUUGUCAAAAAAACCCUCAUUUAAAGUGUUGAGUUGAAGGAUUUAAAGAACUGGAAUGCUACUUAAUGUAGCAUCAUUAAUCUUGAAAUCUCUACUCAAUGAUAUGGCUUUUUCAUUUUUUUCAAAUUUGUGUGAAUAAAUCCUGAAACGAAACAA